AUUUUAAUUUUUUUUUUGUUAUUUUACUGUCCAGCAAACAUGAAGUGGUGGAAAAGUGGUUAAAAGCGCAACAAACUAGAAAAUUAUUGGUCAAGAGAAUUCGCAAAGCUUUUGUAGGCCAUCUCGCAGUGCCAGCGCAAGUUUACACACGGAUAGCAAAGGAAACCAGCGCCAGUCGGGCUUGUUAAAGCGUCGCGGAGACAACGCAAUUGUCCGGGUGUACAUCGAAUUUCUGUGCUAUUUUUAACUGAUUUGCAUUGCCACUGAGACACUGCAGUGUUCAUUGGGGAUUGCUACGCUCACAGCGAGAAAGAUUCCACGCGUUAGCAUACAAGCAGUGAUACCAGAGAACGUUUAUAAACGUUCUCCGACAGCGUUACCUCAACCCAAAUGCUCGAGUGUCAGUCGCGAAACGCAUGCUUAUGUACGUGACGUCAUUGCAAAAGCAACAAUGAAACUAGUUGGUAUGGUGUGGAGAAGCUAAAAAAUAUAAUACACAUAAAAUAAUAGCAAUAUAAAGUGCGCGCUUAAGUGGUGGAUUUAUUAGAAAAAAUCCUUUAAAGUCAAAAUAAAAGUGUAAAGUCAGUGAUCACUAUUUCUCAGAGCUUAGGUUUUAAGAGUUCCAAAAAAAUGCAAGCAGAUACAUUCGUUUUUGCGCGCUAUGCACGGACUUGUUUGUGUUUAUUUAAAAAACAAACACGAUUCUUAUCACAAUUAGGAAAGCAACAUAAUCAGCUGCAUGUGCUAGGAGGCACUGCACUUGCCACCAACUUAGUUGACACAAAUCUCACUGCCAGCGCUGUCAAUAUUACCGGUGUCUUUUGUCAGCAGCGAUGCCAGCAAUAUCACCUCCCCCGACUCCAAAAUAAACCAACAAGUCGCCAUACUAACAUCCGUCAGUUACAUACCACUAUUUGUUCGCAAUCCACAACGCCGGUGCGUGGCAAAUAUCCCACUGAUACAGUGCAUGAGCCACUAUGCUCUGAACGCGCGCGGGAAUUGGUCUACAAUUUAAAGGAUUCCGAGCGAGAAGCUAUUAAGGUGGCGCUGUUGAAAUACGAUGCUGAACGCCAACGGGCGGGAUUUGAAG